AUGAAGCCUGCACCUGCACAACAAGCUAGUUUGUCGGAAUUCUUGGGAGCAAAGGGUGGAGCUAAAUCCAAGGCGAGCACCAAGGACAAGGAGAGCAGUGGAUCUAAAACAUCCAAAGUCUCUAGUAAGCCGAAGCAGGAGGUUAAGUCCGAGAAAAUUGCCACCGAGAGUGUUAAAGCAGCCGAACCUACUGAAGGUAUGGAAGUGGACCAACCAGAACGUAAAGUACUCUCAGAUGACGAUGACGAAGCGCCAGUUCGGAAACGGGUCAAACGUAAUCGGGUUGACUUGGGCUCAGAUGAAGGCUCCGAUGGCGGCGGAGUAUCUACCGUACGUCGUCUGACGAAACGUAAAGCUAUUUCCACCAGGGAUGAAGACGAAUCAUCUCCACCUCCCAUAUCUUCCGCCCCUCCAUCAUCCCCACCGCCAGAUGACCCAACCCCAUCAUCACCUCCCAAGAAAUCCAGGGCAAAGUCUUCAUCGGGCCCCAAUAAACCCGAAAAAACGAGCAAGGCAUCAAAAAAGGACGCCACCGAUGUUGCUCCUAAAGCUUCGUUGCCACCCCAAGACAAAAACGAGAAAGAAGUAGAAGAGAUAGAGGCCGCCUCCGACGAAGAUUUGGUUGACGAGGAAGGUGCUAGUAAGCGAAAGAAUAAGGAAGUAGCCAGCAAGACAGCCGAGCUGGCGCUGGCGAAAAUGAAGGACGUGGACUUUGGCUGGAAGGAUGGAGAAACCGUUCCAUAUGCCGCGCUUGCUCAAGCGUUCUCCUUGAUCGAGGCAACCACCAAGCGAUUGGAGAUCACCGCUAUUCUAACAGCAUUCCUAACUCUCGUUAUUCGGCGCGCUACUGCCAAACCAACAACUAAGACGCAGUCAAAGGAUAAGGAACCCGUCACGAGUGGGCACCAAGAUGUGCUGCAGUGUGUUUAUUUGUGCAUCAACCGACUCGCUCCAGAUUACACAGGAAUUGAACUGGGGAUCGGUGAAUCCUUACUAGUCAAAGCCAUUGGCGAGUCCACAGGACGCAAGAUAGAUGCAAUCAAAGACGAGCUCAAGAAAGAAGGUGACCUUGGCUUAGUUGCAAUGAAUUCACGAGCGAUGCAAAAGACUCUAUGGAAACCCAAGCCCCUAACGCUUCCUGCCGUAUUCAAAAGUCUCCUCGAGAUUGCCCAGUCAACUGGACACUCUAGCCAAAACAAGAAGAUCGGGAUUAUCACAAAGCUCCUUGCCGCCUGCUUGCCGGAUCACGCCGAAGCCAAGUACAUUAUUCGUAGUCUGGAGGGAAAGCUACGUAUCCGCCUAGCAGAACGCACAGUAUUGGUUGCACUUGCCCAGGCCUGUGUAUUAGCCGCUAAUUAUGAAGAUGUUGAGAAAUGGUCCAAGGAAGAUUUGGGAGCCAAGUGUGAUGAGGGCGUAGAAAUUCUGAAGGCCGUAUACAGCGAAAUUCCUUCUUAUGAUAUCGUUAUCCCUGCACUUCUUAUGGGUGGUAUGGAUUCGCUGCGAGAAACGUGCAAGCUUACACCCGGUAUUCCACUCAAGCCCAUGCUUGCGAAGCCAACCAAGGCCAUUGGGGAAGUAUUGGAUAAAUUUGAGAAUACCAAAUUUACUUGCGAAUACAAAUACGAUGGCGAAAGGGCUCAGGUGCAUAGACUCGAAGAUGGUACCGUCGCAGUGUUCAGCCGCAACUCGGAAGACAUGAGCAAGAAGUAUCCUGACCUUGUUGAACAACUUCCCAGGUGCUUCAAAGAAAGCACCAAGUCGUUUGUACUGGACGCGGAAGCAGUGGCCAUCGACAAGACGACGAAAAAGUUGCUUCCGUUCCAAGAGCUAAGCAAACGUAAACGUAAGGAUGUCAAGGUAGAAGAUAUUCAAGUCCGCGUGUGUCUCUUUGGCUUCGAUUUGCUUUACCUUAAUGGAGAGUCGCUCCUCCGGAAAACGCUCGAGGAACGGAGAAAACUGCUCCGCGAGCAUUUUACUGAGGUUGAUUGCGAAUUUGCAUUUGCUAAGGCCUCGGAUGGAGAAACAACCGAGGAGAUCCAGGUUUUCCUCGAAGAGAGUGUGAAGGAUGGAUGUGAGGGUUUGAUGGUCAAAACUCUGACAGGGGACGCGAGUAGAUACGAGCCGAGCCGAAGAAGUGUUAACUGGUUGAAGCUUAAAAAAGAUUAUCUCGCAGGUAUUGGAGAUUCUCUCGACCUGGUUGUAGUUGGGGCGUACUAUGGAAAAGGAAAACGCACCAAGGUUUACGGUGCCUUCCUUCUCGCCUGCUACGACCCUGACGCCGAAGAGUACCAAACAAUUUGUAAAAUUGGUACCGGAUUUUCCGACGAGGCACUCGCAGCUCACUACGCCCAACUUCAGCCCCUUGAACAGCCUAAGCCUUGGGGCAACGUCAAGAUAGGUGGGGCCAAGCCCGACAUUUGGUUCGAGCCUAAGGUCGUUUGGGAGGUAUUGACCGCCGAUCUCAGCUUGAGCCCGGUGUACGAGGCAGCAAGAGGCUUGGUCGAUGACAGAGGAAUCUCGUUGCGAUUCCCUCGAUUCAUCCGCGUCAGGGACGACAAGUCAGCGGAUGACGCGACGGAACCAUCACAGAUCGCAGAAAUGUACGAACGACAGUCGUUGGCUCAGAACGGGCCUGGAAAGAAGAAGCGAGGAGGCGAAGAUGACGACUUUUGGUAA